CUGAAUUUUCAACGUAGCUAAUGUGUUGAUAUCAAAAGUUGUGAUUCACAAACACAGCGAGGCUAGUGUCACAGUCUGGUAAUGGUAUGUUUAUCUGCAACCUGCGGGGGAGGGGGAGACGAGUUAUAUUCACAUUAUUUUGUCGUAUGAUUUUGUCAAACAAUGGCGGAGACAGACUCCGUUUUUGAAUUCUUACACAUGCAGAUUGUGGAUUACAUAAAAGAGGUCCAUGGAAAAGAAAACGAGAACCAUGCCACGUCUGUAUUAGAACACAUAGGCUUCACUGUUGGUCAAAGACUUGCGGAAAGAUUUACUAAAGAAACGGCAAGGUUUAAGGAUGACUUGGAUGUUAUGAAGUAUAUUUGUAAGGAUUUUUGGACAGCUUUGUAUAAAAAACAAAUAGAUAAUUUACGGACAAAUCAUCAGGGUGUAUUUGUACUUCAAGACAAUCGAUUUGCAUUGCUGACUCAGAUAUCCGAAGGUGAAGAUGACAAUCACCCUGCUACACAGUAUUUGUCGUUACCUUGUGGCCUCAUCCGUGGUGCUUUAGCAAACUUAGGAAUACAAUCAAUUGUUGUACCAGAAAUUACCACAAUGCCAAUGUGUAAAUUCACAAUAAAAAUCGAAAAGUAAAGGAUUGUUGAUAGUGUUGGCUGCUAGAAUUCUAUAAAUGUACAUAAAUCAUCAGAAUUGUUUCAAAUUGUUGUAAAUACCUUCGUAAUAAACAAUGUAUUUGAUGAAUAAUAUGACAUUAUGUUAUUCCAGUUA